GCACUUAAUAAUUAAAGCCUGUGAAGUUUAGGAGGCGGGCCACAAAUGUCACAAACUGUUCUAUAUGUAGUUUUUAAACCAACAAGGAUUCGAGGAAGAAUACGACGGAUGCAGUUGUUUGAGAAUGGUAUCGAUCUAGAGCUUCGUUUUGAACACUAAGCCUCGUCUUCAUCAGCAGAGAGAGAGCAACACUGUGGAAUGUUAGCAUCACUGGGCUAAAGCUACGCGCUAGCUACAGCGGCUAACAGCGGCUAACAGCUGGCACCCCGGAAGGCCGCUGCUUCGCCGGGUGGGGAUUUAACUUUCUCUCAGCAGCGCGUCUGGAUUAAAACCACGUCCAGUCCUGAGCGCUAUGUGUUAUUACAAACUGCUAUCUGUGUAGUCUUGAUCAGAAUGGAUUCAUCUGUGGGCUUUGGGAUAAGCGACGAAGUGUGCCUCGCAACUGUGAGAGGUCAGGAGUUGAGGUCAGGCCUGAGGGAGCCCAGACUACUGUCUCUCAUUGAGCGCUCUGGUCACUUUUUGUUGUGUGUGUUGGCCACUCCUGACGCUGUUGUCUCUCGACCAGUAGCCCAGCUUUCAAUACCUGUCAAUGCCAAUUUUGAGUUCCUUCGGGAAGCAGAAGAGGCUCUUCUAAUUGACUUUUCUGCAAAUUCCUUUGUACGAGUCCGAGUCAAAGGAGACAAGAGCCCUGAACUGCUUUUAGAACUUCAGGAUGAUGAACGUACCCAGCUCUUUCUCACACAAGUGAAGAGUGCCCAGGAGCAAGUUCAAUCUAAAGUUGUAAAACCAGACGUGAUGGAGCCGCUAGCACCAGCUGCCCCGAGAGGUCCUGUGCCUAUUCCACCUCAUAGAGGAAGUAAGGUUUCAAAUUCAGUGAACUCUGGAACUGGCCCUCCAAGAAAGAACAGUUCUCUACCCAACCUCAACAACUCUUCAGCCCAACAGAAAAAAACAGAUCCUGUUCAUGCGCUUGCCUCAGACUUCGGUUUUGACAGCAGCAAUAACCACACUCUUAAGGUAGAAGAAAAGAAGAACCAGCAGAAUCGUUUAGUAGCCACCAGAGACCCUCCCCCUGUUCCUCCUCUCCCUCCUCGUAAGACCACCUUUUCUCCAACCAACCCUCUCCCUCCACCGCCAGUCACCAAGGACAGAUCUGCUUCACUACAGACUAAAGAAUUUUACGCAAACACCAGACCAGACUUUGACCGUGUGGACAGGUCACCCUCUUGGUCUGACAGUCCGACCACAAACAGCAUGAGACAGGCCAUGUUCUCGAGUCAGGCAGGGCAGCGUGAAUAUGUUAUCAAACACAGGCUGAUAAAAAAAGAAAGCGAGUAUGUGGACUUCAAAAACUUUAGAUUCUUUACAGGUACAUGGAACGUCAAUGGUCAGUCUCCAGACAGCAGUUUAGAGGCAUGGCUCUGCUGUGAUCAAGAUGCUCCUGAUGUCUAUGCACUUGGAUUUCAGGAACUUGACCUCAGCACCGAGGCUUUCUUCUACAUGGAUUCCUCUAAAGAACAGCUGUGGUUGGAUGUUGUGGAGAGGAGUUUACAUCCCAAAGGAAAAUAUAGAAGGGUUCGGGUGAUUAGGCUUGUAGGAAUGAUGCUGGUUGUGUACGUUAAAAAGUCUCAUUUAAAUCACAUCAAAGAAGUUGCUGCUGAACAUGUGGGCACAGGAAUUAUGGGGAAAAUGGGGAAUAAAGGAGGUGUUGCUAUAAGGUUUGUUUUCCACAAUACAAGCUUCUGCUUUGUGAAUUCACAUCUAGCAGCGCAUGUGGAAGACUUUGAACGGCGUAACCAGGACUACAAAGACAUAUGCGCGCGUAUGACCUUCCACUUACUAGACCAACCGCCACUCAAUAUUGUCAAGCAUGAUGUUGUUAUCUGGCUUGGGGACUUGAACUAUCGUCUAUUUAUGUAUGAUGCAUCUGAAGUUAAAGGACAUAUAGCUAAAAACCAAUUAAAAACACUCCUGGAAGUUGAUCAGUUAAAUAUCCAGCGAUCAACCAAAAGAGCCUUCACUGACUUCCUGGAGGGAGAGAUAAAUUUCAUUCCUACCUAUAAGUACGACCCAAAGACUGAUCGUUGGGACUCAAGUGGGAAGUGCCGUGUCCCGGCCUGGUGUGACAGAAUCCUGUGGAGGGGUAGUAGUGUCAAGCAGAUUAAAUACAGGAGUCACAUGGAACUGAAGACGAGUGACCAUAAACCUGUCAGCUCUCUCUUCAGCAUAGGAGUCAAAGUGGUAGAUGAGCAGCGGCACAAAAAGGUGUUUGAGGAGAUUGUUCGGGAAAUGGACAGAAUGGAGAAUGACUUUCUCCCAUCUGUGUCCCUGAGCAGAAGAGAAUUUACAUUUGAGAAUGUCAAAUUCCGUCAGCUUCAGCGGGAACGUUUUCUGAUAACCAACGAUGGACAGGUCCCUUGCCAUUUUGCUUUCAUCCCUAAGCUCAAUGAUUCUCAGUACUGCAAGAACUGGCUCCGGGCUGAACCCAGUGAUGGACUGCUGGAUCCUAGUGAGACUCUGGAGAUUUACUUGGAAGUAUAUGUGAGUAAAGACUCAGUCACUCUGCUGAACUCUGGGGAGGAUUCUAUUGAGGACAUUCUGGUGCUCCAUCUGGACCGGGGAAAAGACUACUUUAUCACCAUCUCUGGCAUACCCAGCUGCUUCGGGACCUCGCUUGAAACCCUGUGUCGAAUGAAGAAGCCCAUCCGAGAGAUUCCUAUCACUAAACUCAUUGAUCUGGGCGAGGACAGCUACAUGGACAAGGAAAAGUCCAAGGUGAAUUUUCUUAUGGUGGAUGGGGGAAAUGGGGAAGAUCGGCCUCUGAAUAUUCCUAAAGAAGUUUGGAUCCUCGUCAACCACCUGUUUACAAAGUCAUGUGAUCAGGAGGACCUUUUCCAGACACCUGGUUUACAAGAGGAGCUACAGAGCAUCAUUGACUGUUUGGACACAAGCAUUCCAGACAUUGUCCCUGGUUGUAAUCACUCUGUAGCUGAAGCACUGCUGAUUUUCUUGGAGGCUUUGCCGGAGCCAGUGGUUUGUUAUGAACUCUACCAAAGGUGCCUAGAGUGCUCGCACGACAGCCGGCUCUGCAAGCAGUUAAUAUCUCAGCUGCCACGGGCUCAUCGCAAUGUGUUCCGCUACUUGAUGGCUUUCCUGAAGGAGCUCCUCAAACACUCUCAUAACAACAACCUAACAGCCAAUCUACUGGCUACACUCUUCGCCAGCCUCCUUAUCCGUCCCCCUCCCAACCUCGUGGGCAAGCAGACAUCACACGACCGUCAGAAAGGCAUUGAUUUUAUCCUGGGUUUUCUCAUGGCUGGAGAGGAGGAGUGAAACUGCUGUGAAACAUGAACUGUGUGGAACAUUUUAAGUUAUCACCUUCAACCAAAACAAGUACACUUAUUUUGCACCGUGUCUCUUUAACUGAUAGCGGUACAUUCACCUUUCACUUGUUUUACUUCAAUAAUGGUGUUUUGGUAACGAAUUCACCUUAAAGUUUACCUGCUGCGGCUGAAUGUGCUGCUGGGAGCCUGAUGGGGGUUUAAAACUGAUGUCUAUGCACUUUCAGAAGACCUAAAGGACCUGUGCCUCCAGACUAGAACUGUGUUGUUUUGGUUUUGCCUAAAUUCAUUGUAAAUAAUGAGUGGUUUGAGUGGGUAAACACUAUUGGUGAAUGCGCCUAGAAUGUUACACUAAGAAAGAAGCUUUUAAAGUAGAAUGAAUAUUGCUGAAAUCUUUUGGCAGAAUAUAUAAUUUUCAAACAGUAAUAAUAAUUUGACAAUCAUCACAAAACCUUUUCAAUAAUUUAUCAUUCUUGUACUUUUAUCUGUUAUUUAUGCAAAUCCAUCUGGGGCUUCGUCAAGUUAAGUUUCCUGUUUAGUCAAGUUAAGUUUCCUGUUUUAAGUUACUUGUUUUUAUCAUAAAUAAGGAAAACACUUUUUAAAUGUUUGCUGUGCUUGUGAAUGCAGUUACUGUACGUACGUUGUCAGCCUUACAGAGUCCAUUUCACACUAAUGUAAUUCAAAACACACUCCUUACUACCCAAGUUGACCUCCUCUGUUUUGUGUCUGCAGUGAUGUACAUAGUGUGUAUUUCAAUGUUAUCACAUCUGAUAGUGUCAUCAAGAAAGUGGUACUGUUUAUUUGUUGUCAAAGUUUACUUUUCUUGGUCUCUGUCACCAUAAAUGCUAAAAAGGUAAUUAAAAAAACAUUUCACUAAUAUCGGCAACAAUUGUGCCCUCAUUUAAAUUUCAAGUGAAAACUGCUAACUAAAUUGGUAAUAACUCCUCCAUCUAUUUUAUACAUAUUUAACCUUAACUUUUUUGUUGCAUACUAAAAUUUGUAAAUCAGAUGUGUGUAAUUUAAACUCAACUUUUGACAAUCAUACUUUUCUGUUUUCUUUUGUCUCAGCCUUAUAUUGUCUAAUAAUGUACUUGAUCACUAGGUAUCUACAGUUAAAAGUAGCUUGAUAAUUUUAAGCACCUCAAAGACAAAGAAAUUAAUCUGAAACAAAUCUAGGUCUUUUUACCUUUUUAACCAUCCCUUUGUGAGUCUUUUCUCAUCGACCAUCAUGCCAUCAAUGUCAUGAUCAUUCAUUGUAGUUUGUCAUUGUACCUGAUGAUGUAACAGUGUAGUUUUGUGUCAGACUGUCUUCACUUCAACUUUUGUAACUUUAAUUUAUUUAACUGAAAUAAAUAUGUAUGUAACUUA